CGGAAGCAGCGACAGCCGUGGCUGGGGCUGAGGCUCCGGCCGUCGGCGGACGCGGCGGCUGCUGCCCUCGAACCCGGAGUCUGGCGUCGGAAUCACUCAGUCUCUGAGCGCCGCGUGUGUUGGCGACCGGGAGCUUUCCCGGUCGGCUGUGGCGUCUGUGCGUGGACGAGCGGUGUGUAGCCCACGGAAGCCAGAAGAAGGUAUAGAUCCCCAGGAGCUGAUAAGUGGUUCUCAGACUCUGCUAUGGAUGCUGGAUCCGAACUUGGGUCUUCUAGAAGAACUGCACUUGUUCUUAACUGCUGAGCCAUCUCUGCAGCUCCCAAGGACGGGCCUUGAACAGAUUGACUGAUAACACAGCUACUAUGAGUCUGUUAAACUGUGAAAACAGCUGUGGGUCCGCCCAGUCCUCAAGUGACUGCUGUGCCGCCAUGGCCGCCUCCUGCAGUGCCACAAUGAAAGAUGACAGCGUGAGUGGUUCCGCCAGCACGGGGACCUUCUCCAGCUCCUUUAUGGAGGAGAUCCAGGGGUACGAUGUGGAGUUUGACCCACCUUUGGAAAGCAAGUAUGAGUGCCCCAUCUGCUUGAUGGCGUUGCGGGAAGCAGUGCAAACACCAUGUGGCCACAGGUUCUGCAAAGCCUGCAUCAUCAAAUCCAUAAGGGAUGCAGGGCACAAGUGUCCAGUUGACAAUGAAAUACUGCUGGAAAAUCAACUGUUUCCUGACAAUUUUGCAAAGCGAGAGAUCCUUUCCCUGACAGUAAAAUGCCCAAAUAAAGGCUGUUUGCAAAAGAUGGAACUGAGACAUCUCGAGGAUCACCAAGCACAUUGUGAAUUUGCUCUUAUGAAUUGUCCUCAAUGUCAGCGUCCUUUCCAAAAGUGCCAGUUUAAUAUGCAUGUUAUCGAGGAUUGUCCCAGGAGACAGGUUUCCUGUGUAAACUGUGCUGUAUCCAUGCCAUUUGAAGAGAAAGAGAUCCAUGAUCAGACUUGUCCUUUGGCAAAUAUCAUCUGUGAAUACUGUGGUACAAUCCUCAUCAGAGAACAGAUGCCUAAUCAUUACGAUCUGGACUGCCCAACAGCACCAAUCCCUUGCACCUUCAGUGUUUUUGGUUGUCAUGAGAAGAUGCAGAGAAAUCACUUGGCACGACACCUGCAAGAGAAUACCCAGUUGCACAUGAGACUGUUGGCCCAGGCUGUUCAUGAUGUAAACCUUGCUUUGCGUACAUGUGAUACUUCCUCUCCGUCCCGGGGAUGUUGUCCAGAGGACCCAAAUUAUGAGGAAACUAUCAAACAGUUGGAAAGUCGCCUGGUAAGACAGGACCAUCAAAUCCGGGAACUGACUGCAAAAAUGGAAACUCAGAGUAUAUAUGUAAGUGAGCUCAAACGGACCAUUCGAACCCUUGAGGACAAAGUUGCUGAAAUGGAAGCACAGCAGUGUAAUGGGAUUUACAUUUGGAAGAUUGGCAACUUUGGGAUGCACUUGAAAUCCCAAGAAGAGGAAAAACCUGUUGUCAUUCAUAGCCCAGGAUUCUACACAGGCAGACCUGGGUACAAGCUGUGCAUGCGCCUGCACCUUCAGUUACCCACUGCUCAGCGCUGUGCAAACUAUAUAUCCCUGUUUGUCCACACAAUGCAAGGAGAGUAUGACAGUCAUCUUCCCUGGCCCUUCCAGGGCACAAUACGCCUUACAAUUCUUGAUCAGUCUGAAGCAGUAAUAAGGCAAAACCACGAAGAGGUCAUGGAUGCUAAACCAGAGCUGCUUGCCUUUCAGCGUCCCACAAUCCCACGGAACCCCAAAGGUUUUGGCUACGUAACAUUUAUGCAUCUGGAAGCCUUAAGACAGGGAACCUUCGUUAAGGAUGAUACGUUAUUAGUGCGCUGUGAAGUCUCUACCCGCUUUGACAUGGGUGGCCUUCGGAAGGAGGGUUUCCAGCCACGAAGUACUGAUGCAGGAGUCUAGCAUCCAUUUACUUGUGUUAAAAAUAACUACAAACCAUACGGGAAACCAGUUCCUUCCUUGCCAGCUCCCGGUAAACAGUAUUGAGACAAGCAGUGGGAAAGGCGUAGCGCCAGCAGCAAGUGUCGGCAGUGUGGUCCCUCCACUGCUUUCUGUUACAAAUACCUGAGGCAGUCUUCACGGGAAUCUACAAGUCUACAUGUCCCUCAUGUCUUCAGAAACCUAACAUUUGUGGGGCCUAUGGCUCAUCUGUUUGUCAGUUAGUAUACCUCUCUGUUGUACUUCAUGGACUUUUUCCGGGUACUUCACUGUAAAGGAAAAAAGAAAAAGGCCAGAGUUAGUAUGCUGAAGCUGAAUUGUUUAAUAAUGCUGGGUGCCGUAGAAACGUGGGCUGGUUUUAGGACGUGUAGGUACUAUAUUAAGCAGAAUCACUACUGCCUGUGCUGACACCAGCGAGAAUGUUGCUGCUCUGGUGCCGAGUUCUCAUUUUAGUGGACGCCUGUGAAUUUCAGAAGCUUUGAUCCAUGGCCCUGGAAAGCCUAAGUUCUCAUGUGCUCCCUUCCAUUGUUUUCUACGGGUCCAGGGACUGCUGUAGCCUUUCCUUACUUAGUGUGAGCAUUUUAUCUGUUGAGCACUGAGUACUUCCUCCCUGCUUCCAUAUUUUGAGGCUCAGGCAGCAGCUUCUCAGUUUGUAAUACUGCGGCAGUGUGGUUGCCAUAUGUCAAGUGCUGUGGCCAUGUAAGUUUUCUUGUCUUGGCAGUGUAGCUCGGUGUCCACAUCCCUGUGCACGUCUUCUGUCGCUUGCAGACAGAGUCACCAACAUAAACAUUGGAGGGGAUUCAGCUCACCAGCCAGUAAACAUCAUCUACAGAUGACUGCAGAACUCUUACAGCCAGGAAACUUGCCAGCCCUCUUGACUGCCUUUUGAUUUAGCUUAGUUAAUUGAAAUAGAACUGAUUUUCUUAGCGGACUGGAGAGAUGGCUCAGUGGUUAAGAGCACUGGCUGCUCUUCCAAAGUCUGGUUCAACUCCCAGACCCUGCAUGGCAGUUCACAACUGUCUGUGACUCCAGUUCCAGGGAGUCUGACACCUUCAUACAGACAUACAUGCAGGCAAAGCACCAAAGCACAUAAUUUUAAAAUUAAUAAAUAAAAUAGAUUUCCUCAAAAUGGAGUUUGUUAAAACUUGAGAAAUUGUAGGUCCUUGAGAGAUGAUUAACCCAAGGCUGGCAGUCCAGCAUAAUGGUUAUAUGAACACCCUGCUCAGUGCCAGCCUCAGCACGUUCUGUCCAGUGUCGUGGUGUGGAGAGGGGAUUGUUGUGCUGUUCUGUGUCUGCUAAUGGCCUGUGCAUAUAAAAUACUGUGGAAGUAGUUCUCAGGGAGUCCUACAACUAAUUAGAGCAUUGGUAAGGAACCUAAGUGAAUCUGUCUGCUGCUGUUUACACAAGAUUGUUCAAGUUUUCUGGUAGGAAGAAAAGGCACUUCUGUCUCCGGCCAAAUCAGAGCUACUGGCCAGCGCUAGAUCUGCCCUGCAUCCCAGAGGACGUCAGAGACCUCGGUGGAGGAAGGAGUCUGAUUUUCACUUGUAACCUGUCUGCCGCAAGUGGCACUUUGACCUCUUAAUUUUUCUCUCGUUGCUUCCAUUCCACCCAUAAAGGUAAAGGAAUGGCCUUGUCCCCUACCUUACACAAGCUCACCAUGCAUCACCGGUUGCUUUCCUGGUGAUGUGGGUCUUAGCUGCACCUCUAGCAGCCCCUGAGCCUCUUGCAACACCUCCCACCUAGGGGAGUCUGCAUUGCCCUAUUCCUGCAGUUGUUUCCCACUGAAGAAAUGUGGGGUUUCCUAAAAAAGCAAGCAAUAGUUAUUUUUUAUUUACUUUUGAAAAUGUACUCAACUAUUUGAGGGUCUAUUUUCUGUGUAUAUUCUAUUCUUAAUUUUUUUUGUAUUCCAUAGUAAGCAUUUUUUUAUCAGUUAAGUGUUACCACAAAAUAUCAGCCCCCCCUUCUCCUUUCAGUUUUGAAAAAGGAAAUGAUAUUUAAAAGCUUCCUGGUCUGAUUUCUAUUUAAAAGAUGUCUGUAUUAGGUACUAAGAACAGUCAUUUCCUGCCUUGGUUUUGGCCUUUUUUUUUUUUUAACUUCAGCGUCGUAAGUUUUUUGCCUAAGUUAAACUUUUCCCAACAUGGUGAUGUUCCUGCCUAUGAAACAAAUUGGACUAGCUGUCUCUAGCGUAUGUGUAGAGGAGUUCAGUGCUAAGCCACAAAACACUGACAGUGCUGGCUUUACCAGUGGAAAAUUGGUGUGACUGUCCCCACUACUGACGUGAACGCUUUACUUAAUGUCCAUCCGCUGAAGUGCACCUUAGCAUAGUUUUAUAACUUCCUGCAUUUGGUGUUUGUAAUAAACCAGCCAGCUAGUUUAUGAUACUCAGUCACCAUGGAUACAGUGUAAAAAUAAUCAAGCUGAUAUUAAAAGACAGCCGUUGACAAGGUCUACUCAGAAUCAAGUUUUAACCGAGAAAGCUGGUUUCUUUAUAUACCCUUCUUAAUUGUCUCCCCACUCCUGAACAUUGAAUCUGUGAGAGUCUGACCUGUGUCUCCAGUGUGUUGGCCAUGGUUUCUUAACAAUCUAGAACAUUGCUAUUUUUCCAAAUUGCUUUUUCUUCCAAAAAUGUCCAACUUAUUAUUGGAGAUUUUUUUCCAAGCCAAAUAUCCUAUUAGAAAUCAAGCCUGUUGGUGAUUGUAGUUUGGUAAUUGGCUACUGUCCUUUGGGUGUGACCAUUUCUGGCCAUUCAGCUUCCUUUCAGAGACUGAAGAGGGAGAAACGGUGAAUUAGAAUGUACAAGUGCUUUUUCACCCUAACGAGAACUGACAGGCGCUGGAAGAUUUCUGUUAAAUCAAGCAAAGUAAGACUAACAUGUGAAUUAUGUGUGCAAUUAGACUGCUGCUGCUUUACCUGGAGUCUCAAUCUCUUGUGACCAGAAAAGUUUUAAUUACUAGAGAGCUUAUUCUAAAUUAAGACUUUGAAGGGCUUUUUAUUCCUUUCUCUUUCCUGUUAUUAACCCACUUCUUUUCUGACAUGCCUAAAGUUCUCUUCAUUGUCUUAACAUAAAGUGUCAUUACAUUUUUUGUGGGGUGUUGCGUGGUUAUUUUCCUAGAUGCCCUAAGCGGGUGACUAGGGCACAGUCAAUAAUCAUUUGAUUGUCUGUUGACAGAGCUGUCGUUUGUCUCACAGUUGAUGUAAUUGUCUGUGGAAUGGAUUGGUGUUUCCCAAUUCCCAGAAUCCAGAAAAAUGAACCAAAUGUGAUCAACCCGAACAAGUGAACACUUUGUUCACAUGCCUUGAAGUCAUUCGAAUGUAAUUAACCUAGUUAUUUCUCUGAAUGUCACCUGUGCCCUUGAUGUUUUAAACUGCUUAACCCCCACCAAAAAAAUUCGGGUUAAUAAAAAAGAUAAAACUGGAGAAUAAUUCUAGUUGAAAGCAUUGUGGAGAGGUGUUCCUUGUCCUGCCCAGUGUCUCCUUAGCAGACACUUAGUGUCUCCUGGGUAGCCCUACAUGGCAGAGAAGGGAAAGGGUGGCCUGCCGGACACUUGCCACUCAGAAUGUAGCACUGUCUGUCUCCUGGAGCCGCAGUUCCCUUCUGUGCAGGACCCAGCGAGGGGCCAAGGUCCUGUUCUAGUCACUGCCAAACCCCCUGUUCCUAGCAUACUGUGCAUGGGCCUGAGCAGUACGUGGCAACACCUAGUGGAGGCCAGCUUAUGUGAGGUGGUUGCUAAGGUGAAUGUUGUGGUUUUGCGUUUUCCCCAGCAUGUUAUCAUAGCAGUUUUCAAAUACGGAGAUAGGUAUAAAGCCAGUGGACAUCUGCCACCCAGGACAGUGUUACCCUCCGUGCAGCUUCUACUUCUCUUUAAGACUGUUCAGCCCUCAAAUAAUUAAACAGCUUGGAGUUGUCUCAGAUUUUCCUUGGGAACUUGUGAUAUUUUAUUGUAAUUCAAACUGUAUCCUCUGCUUUUUGUCAUCUUAGAAUUUGUGCGAAUGUUGUGUGGAGCUUUAAUCUCUUUUUGUCUACAGGAGUAUUCUCAGAAAGGGUUUACUUGGAGGUUCCUGGUUAUGCAGACUCUUCUAAUGUUACUUUCUUACUUGAGUUAAUUCAGUGGAUAAGAGUGUAAUUUGGGGCACAUUUUGCUAAUAUAUAUGAUUUCAGGAUUACGUUCCUUGGGGACUAAAGUGAUUUAGCAUAGAUACUAUAUUUGGAGUGAGGAGAUAAAUUGUUGCGGGGCUCUCUGCCACCUCUCUGCCUAGCAUCGUGAUGGUCCUCAGGAGGCGAGAAGACAAUUCAUUCAGUUCAGCAUGACUGUGCAGUUGUUAUUAGUUCAAACUACAGGAGCCUGACCCCAAGUAGUUUUGGGGGGGACACAUUUAAGCACAGCACAGUUUGAUGGAAACUUUUCCAGUGAAAAUUAAUUCAGCCCUGUGUAUACAAUAAAUCAUACAUAAAUCUCUUUGAGGAACAAAGUAAGCUAAAUAAAGAUUCAAUGUGACCACAUCAGUACUUUAUAAAGUACACAUGACACCUUCCAUAAUGGAUCCUGUAGACUUGCUGCACAGAAAGCUUUGGAUAGGGGUCUGGAGGAGGGUCAGAUGUGGUCUCCUGCCACACAGAUUGCACAAAGGUCACCAAGCUAGACACUUCUGUUCCCAGCCUUCCAAGUGGUUCCCAUUCCUUGUCUUGAAGGAAUAGCCCUGUGUGCUGACAUUCCAGGUUCCCCUAGUGCUUGUCCAUGACUACUGGCUGGCCAUGUAUGUUCAGUUUUAUUCUGAGUUUAGCUGCCUGUAAAGUGGGAAUUUGAAAUAUUAUGGAGUAGGUAGCAUUAUUAAUGCCCAGGUCUGUUUUUGAGGGUAUUUUAUAGACUUAGGGAAGCCUCUUAUAAUUUUAUAACUGAAAACUAGCAUGAAAUCCAACUUUAAAAAUCAAAAUGAAAUGACGAGAUGGUCACAAGCCUGCUGUGCCCAGAGUGCUGCUGUGGAACUGGUAAGGGGACUCAGAGUUUCACUGUGUGAGGGGAUGUAACAAGGAGGUGUGCGAGGUGAUGAGCUUAGGUUGCGGCAAGCAGGCUUGUUUAGGAACACACCAGGUGCUAUGUAAAGCAGACCCUGCCUGGCCCCCACCCACUACCUUGUCUCACAUGGUCUCCCUCAAGCCAAUGCAGCUGAUUGCAGGAGUCAGAGGGAAAGUCUGAGGUUACUAUGCCGCAGACUCUGUGCGCCAUCUCAUAGAUAAGUGUGACAUCUUCCCAAACCCAGGUCACACAUGUGCACUCCCGUUCAUCUUGUAAGGGACACCUGGAGUCUGACUUUCAUAUGUGCCUUAGCUGUAAAGAUGCACCAAAAAUGUAUGCCUUGAAUCGUUUUGAAUGUGUCGACUGACAUACCUCCUUCCCUUCUUCCUUAUCAGCCUGUAUAUUGCACACUCCUUACAAAUAAAUACUUAAUUGAAAUAAAAUAUAUAUGCAAAUAUCA